AUGAAAAAAAAAUGUGAUAAAAAUAAUAUACUAAUUAAAAGUCAUAAAUCAAAAAUAAAACAUUAUGAUAAAAAAAAGAGUAAAGAAAAGUAUAAAAAACAUGAUAAAGAUGCUUCAAGCCAAAUAUACAAAGGAACAAAAUCGAAUAAAAAAAUAAGCAAGAAUUACCCUACCAAUUUAACGGAUUAUAAUAAAAACACAGGUAAAAAAAAUUCAGAAAUUUCUUAUAAUUCUUAUGAUUAUUUUGAUAAAAAUGCAUCCGAUAAUGGUUUAUCAUCCAAUUAUAUUAAUGAACAAAAAUUGAAAUAUGAAAAAGAAGUUUUUGAAAAAGCAUAUGGAUUAUCACUAGAUGAUGAUAUUUGUUAUGAUAAUUUUUUAUUUAAAAAAGAUAAUGGAAAUUUAGAUAACAAGAAUAAUAAAAAAGAAGAUAGUAAAAAAUACUAUGAAUGUUUCAGUUGUAAAACAAAAAAUUAUUAUUCAAAUAUUCAAUGCUAUAAAUGUAAAAAGUUAAGAAAAUUGUGA